AUCUACCUUUCUUCUAUCCUGAACUUAAUGUUAAUACUGAUAACUAUCUGGAUUCUAAUGAUAAGAAAGGAAUUAAAAGAUAUAUUAGAGCUACUUCAUACCUUCUAUCAGAUAGUAUAGAUACUUUCAGAUGA